AUUACUUUUACAGUUAAGGUUAUAUAUUAUUUUAUUACAUUUUUUAUAUAAAUAGUGAUGAAAAAGCUACCGAAACUAUCAAAAAAGGUUUGCAUAAACGCGAAAAAAGUCCCUGUAACGCUCCCUAAAUGUCCUCCGCCAGUUUUAACAUUAAACAACGGCAUAAAAAUGCCUUCCUUCGGUCUCGGUACAUGGCUAGCCCCUCCAGGAGAAGUUGGAGAGGUCGUCAAACAAGCCAUAGAGGUCGGGUACAGACUUUUCGAUUGUGCUUGGCUUUACGGUAACGAAAAAGAAAUAGGCGAGGGUUUAAGAAGUAAAAUUUCAGAAGGUUCUGUAUACAGAGAAGAUUUAUUCAUUUGUACUAAAUUGUGGAAUACGUUUCACGAACAAGAGAAAGUAGUACCGGCUUGUAGAGCAUCUUUGAAGAAUUUCGGGUUGAAUUAUUUGGAUCUCUAUUUAAUACAUUUUCCAACGGCACAAAAAGGUAGACGUGUAAAUCCAAAGUUGCCAUUCAAAAACGCCGAGAAUUUGGAUUACGAUUACGUUAAAACUUGGAAAGGUAUGGAGGAAUGUGUGAAACUAGGAUUAACGAAAUCUAUCGGUAUAUCCAAUUUUAAUAGCCAACAGGUAAUGAGAGUCUUAGAUAAUUGUGAUAUAACACCGGUGAUAAAUCAGAUAGAGGUGACGCCCUUUUUGCCACAACAUAAACUUAUCAAAUUUUGUAAAAGCAACUUUAUAGAAAUCAUGGGAUAUUCUCCUUUGGGUUCUCCAGCAAGACCUUGGGCCAAACCGGAUGAUAAAAUGUUAUCUUUAGAAGAUCCUACUCUUAUUAAUAUCGGAGAGAGAUAUAAGAAAUCCGGUUCUCAAGUUGUUCUACGUUAUGUAUUCCAAUUAGGAACAAUACCAAUUCCGAAAACCUCCAAUCUCCAAAGACUUAAACAUAAUAUUAGUAUUUUUGACUUUGAGCUUGAUCAUAAUGAAAUGUGUGCUAUUAAUCAGGCAUUCAAGAACGGAGUUAGAGUAUGUCACGCUGAAGAAUUGAAAGACAAUAUUCAUUAUCCAUUCCAUCUAGUAGAAGAGUGAAUUUUUUUUAAGAAAAAUCAAAUAAAAUUUUUAAAAUCA